AUGUUCUUCACCAACGCUGUUGCCGCGGGCAUCUUGGCCCUGGCUACCGCAAGCCCCCUCGCCUCACAGGUGGGCUCCAACGGAUUCAACGCCACGCAGAUGGAAGACUUUAAGAAGGAGAUGAUCAUGGGCCAUUCAUGGUACCGCAAGCAGCAUAGCGCCAGCGAGGUUAUCUGGUCCGAUGAGGUUGCUUCCGCCGCGCAGGACUGGGCCAACCAGUGCAGCAUGAGCCACAAGGGCAACAACAAGUAUGGUGAGAACCUUGCCUGGGGCAGUCUCAAGAACUGGGCUCAUCCCCAAAACAUGUGGGGGAGCGAGCGAACCAAGUACAACUGGGCAAACCCUGGCUUUAGUGGUGCCACGGGCCAUUUCACCCAGAUGGUCUGGAAGAAGUCGACCCAUCUCGGCUGCGGUGUCAAGAAGUGCAGCAACACCAACACCUAUGUAGUCUGCCAGUACGAUCCCAAGGGAAACAUCAUGGGCGGCAGCAACUUCAAGGACAAUGUCGGCGCGCAGGUCGAAGGCAAGAUUGAUGAUGUCUGGCCCGGUCCUUAG